AUGUUUGGGCGUACUCUCGUCCUUGCUGCGGUUAUCGCUACAACAGCACUGUCAGCGUCCCUGGAGAAGUGCCCCGGAUAUAAGGUGUCCAACAUAAGAGAUAAUGGACAUACUCUGGAGGCGGACCUGCGGCUCGCUGGUGAAGCGUGCAAUGUGUACGGCGAGGAUCUCAGACAGCUGAAGCUCCGGGUGGAAUACCAGACCACUUCACGGCUGCAUGUUAUCAUUGAAGAUUCAAAGGAAGAUGUAUACCAAGUCCCAGAAUCCGUGUUUCCGCGUCCCGGGUUCGAGGAGAGUGCCGGUGCUUCGAAGAAGUCGAUGCUCAAGUUCACCUUCACUAAAGAGCCCUUCUCGUUCAAAGUAACCAGACGUGCUACCGGAGAGGUCAUCUUCGACACCGCUGGUUCUGCCUUGAUCUUCGAGAGUCAAUAUCUGCGGCUGCGCACCUCUCUUCCAGUUGAGCCCAACCUGUACGGCCUAGGAGAGCACAGCGACCCCUUACGCCUGAAGACUGAUGGCCUGGUGACUACCCUGUGGAAUCGAGAUGCCUAUGGUAUCCCUCCUGGAACUAAUUUAUACGGCUCCCAUCCGGUUUAUUACGAUCAUAGAGGGAAAUCAGGCACCCACGGUGUCUUUCUUCUAAACUCCAAUGGCAUGGACAUUAAGGUAGGGAGUGAUGAAAACAGCAGUGGAAGUAAGUACUUGGAAUAUAAUACUCUCGGAGGUGUCCUUGACUUUUACUUCAUGGCUGGUCCAACGCCGAAGGAUGUUGCCUCGCAAUACGCUGAAGUGGUUGGCUUGCCAGCAAUGAUGCCAUACUGGGGUUUUGGAUUCCAUCAAUGUCGAUAUGGAUACCAGGAUGCUUUCAAUGUUGCUGAGGUUGUUUACAACUAUAGCCAGGCAGACAUCCCGUUAGAAACCAUGUGGACAGAUAUCGAUUACAUGGACGGGCGUAAAGUGUUCACGCUCGACUCAGAGCGAUUUCCCAUUGGCGAGAUGCGAGCACUCGUUGACUAUCUCCAUGAUCAUGAUCAGCACUACGUCGUCAUGGUGGAUCCAGCAGUGAGCUAUGGUGACAAUGAUGCCUUCUAUCGAGGAAAAGAACAAGGCAUUUUCAUGAAAACCUCGAAUGGAUCAAUCUAUAAGGGUGCUGUCUGGCCUGGUGUCACUGCGUUCCCUGAUUGGUUUCACCCCGGAGUCCAAGACUAUUGGAAUAACGAAUUCAAACUAUUUUUCGACCCUGAAAAAGGGAUAGAUAUCGAUGCUCUCUGGAUAGACAUGAACGAAGCUGCUAACUUUUGCGACUGGCCCUGUUCUGAUCCUGAAAGGUGGGAAAGAGACCAUGAUCUACCACCCGCUCCUCCACCGGUCAGGCCAAUCCCUCGACCUCUGCCUGGAUUCCCAGGUGAGCUCCAGCCAAAGAGUGUUAAGACCGCAAAACGGGACGAGAUCAAAGUUCCAAACAAAGCAGGCUUGCCAGGCCGUGACCUUAUUGACCCACCAUACAGAAUCAAUAAUGAAGCUGGAUCUAUCAACAAUAAGACCAUGGACACCAACUUGGUCCACUCCAACGGUUUAGUUGAGUAUGAUACUCAUAACCUUUACGGUACCAUGAUGAGCAGUAUUAGCCGAGAGUCGCUCUUGUCUCGACGCCCCACAAAGAGACCCAUGGUUAUCACUCGAAGUACUUUUGCGGGAGCUGGGGCCCAUGUUGGGCAUUGGCUAGGUGACAAUCUCAGCGAAUGGAGCCAAUACCGAUUUUCUAUUUCCCAGAUUCUUCAGUUUGCAGCCAUCUACCAGAUCCCCAUGGUAGGAGCUGAUGUCUGCGGUUUUGGAGGCAAUACAACGGAAGAACUAUGCGCAAGAUGGGCUAUGCUAGGUGCAUUUUAUCCCUUCUAUAGGAACCACAAUGACAUCGCUGGUCAGGACCAGGAGUUUUACCGCUGGGGAUCUGUGGCUAAAGCAGCUAGAACCGCGAUUGAGAUCAGAUAUAAACUUCUCGACUAUAUAUACACUGCUUUCCACCGACAAACUCAGUCAGGGGACCCGAUUUUAAACCCCCUCUUCUAUAUCUACCCAGAAGACAAGAAUACCUUUGCUAUUGACCUGCAGUUCUUCUACGGGGAUGCUCUUUUGGUUAGCCCGGUAACAGAGAAAGGCGCCACCAGCGUCGACAUAUACUUACCUGAUGAUCUCUUCUAUGACUUUUACACCGGAGCACCUGUUGAAGGAAAGGGGGAAAUGAUUACAAUGAAAGACAUCCCAACCACUCAUAUUCCCCUUCAUUUCCGUGGUGGAAAUAUUGUUCCAAUGCGCUCUAAUAGCGCCAUUACCACUACCAAGUUACGAAAGGAGCCAUUCGACCUUGUUAUUUGCCUCGAUCGUGAUGGGAAUGCGGAAGGUAGCCUCUACAUAGACGACGGUGAUUCCCUUGACCAAACUCGUACAACUGAAAUCAACUUCGAAUAUCGCAAAGGCACUCUCCGCAUUUCUGGAAAGUUUGACUUCCAGCCAGAAAAGGCUUGGGAGGUCAAAAAUAUUUUCGUCCUGGGGCACAAGCGGGACAUGAGCGGCCAGAGAAAGGGAGACGAGAACAAAGACUUACAAUACAAUAAAAAACUGAAGAAACUGGCUGUCAAGGUUGGAAUACCGCUUACGGGGCCUUCAGAGAUGACCUUUUACUAG